UUGAUGAUGGAUCCCAGCCCCUGGGCCCUGUAAUUGGGGGAUCCCCUGCCGGCUCCCGGUGCACCUUCCCCGGCCCUGGCUCUGGCGCCAGAACCGUCUGGCCUUCACCGGGCGCGAAGACGGCGGCCGCGACUCUCCGCUCGCCGCCAUGCACGACGCCUUCGAGCCUGUCCCGAUCCUAGAAAAGCUGCCCCUGCAGAUCGACUGUCUGGCCGCCUGGGAGGAAUGGCUUCUGGUUGGGACCAAACAAGGACAUCUUCUUCUCUACAGGAUUCGGAAGGAUGCUGGUUGCAACCGAUUUGAAGUGACACUAGAGAAAUCCAAUAAGAACUUCUCCAAAAAGAUUCAACAGAUCCAUGUGGUUUCCCAGUUUAAGAUUCUGGUGAGCUUGUUAGCAGAAAAUAACAUUUAUGUCCACGACCUGUUGACAUUUCAACAAAUCACUACAGUUUCAAAGGCAAAGGGAGCGUCACUGUUUACCUGUGAACUCCAGCACACAGAGACCGGGGAGGAGGUGUUACGGAUGUGUGUGGCCGUGAAGAAGAAGCUGCAGCUUUAUUUCUGGAAGGACAGAGAAUUUCACGAAUUGCAGGGGGACUUUAGUGUCCCAGAUGUGCCCAAGUCGAUGGCCUGGUGUGGAAACUCAAUCUGUGUGGGUUUCAAGAGAGACUACUACCUGAUCAGGGUGGAUGGAAAAGGGUCCAUCAAAGAGCUCUUUCCAACAGGAAAACAGUUGGAGCCCUUAGUUGCACCCCUGGCAGAUGGAAAAGUGGCCGUGGGCCAGGAUGAUCUCACCGUGGUGCUCAAUGAGGAGGGGAUCUGCACACAGAAGUGUGCCCUGAACUGGACAGACAUACCAGUCGCCAUGGAGCACCAGCCUCCCUACAUCAUUGCUGUGUUGCCUCGGUAUGUGGAGAUCCGGACGUUGGAACCCAGGCUUCUGGUUCAGAGCAUUGAGUUGCAGAGACCCCGUUUCAUCAGCUCAGGAGGGUCAAACAUCAUCUAUGUGGCCAGCAAUCAUUUUGUGUGGAGACUCAUCCCUGUCCCCAUGGCAACCCAGAUCCAGCAGCUUCUGCAGGACAAGCAGUUUGAAUUAGCUCUGCAGCUCGCUGAAAUGAAAGAGGAUUCUGACAGUGAAAAGCAGCAACAGAUCCAUCACAUCAAGAACCUAUAUGCCUUCAACCUCUUCUGCCAGAAGCGUUUUGAUGAGUCCAUGCAGGUCUUUGCUAAACUUGGCACAGAUCCCACCCAUGUGAUGGGCCUGUACCCAGACCUGCUGCCCGCAGACUACAGGAAGCAGCUGCAAUAUCCCAACCCGCUGCCUACACUCUCUGGGGCUGAAUUGGAAAAGGCUCACUUAGCUCUGAUUGACUACCUGACACAGAAACGGAGCCAGCUGGUCAAGAAACUGAACGACUCUGACCACCAGUCCAGCACGUCCCCGCUCAUGGAAGGCACGCCCACCAUCAAAUCCAAGAAGAAGCUGCUGCAGAUCAUUGACACCACCCUGCUCAAGUGCUACCUCCAUACAAACGUGGCCCUCGUGGCUCCUUUGCUGCGCCUGGAGAACAAUCACUGCCACAUCGAAGAGAGCGAGCACGUGCUGAAGAAGGCUCACAAGUACAGCGAGCUGAUCAUCCUGUACGAGAAGAAGGGGCUCCACGAGAAAGCUCUGCAGGUGCUGGUGGACCAGUCCAAGAAAGCCAACUCCCCGCUGAAAGGCCACGAACGGACAGUACAGUACCUGCAGCACCUGGGCACAGAAAACCUGAAUUUGAUCUUUUCCUACUCCGUGUGGGUGCUGAGGGACUUUCCAGAGGAUGGCCUGAAGAUCUUCACUGAAGACCUCCCAGAGGUGGAAUGUCUGCCACGAGACCAAGUGCUCAACUUCUUGGUAGAGAACUUUAAGGGCCUGGCUAUUCCUUACCUGGAACAUGUCAUCCAUGUCUGGGAGGAGACGGGUGCUCGUUUUCACAACUGCCUGAUCCAGCUGUACUGUGAGAAGGUUCAAAGUCUCAUGAAGGAGUAUCUCCUGGCCUUCCCCGCAGGCAAAACCCCAGUUCCUGCAGGAGAGGAAGAGGGGGAGCUGGGAGAGUACCGCCGGAAGCUGCUUAUGUUCUUGGAAAUUUCCAGCUACUAUGAUCCCGGGCGGCUCAUCUGUGACUUUCCCUUUGAUGGUCUCCUGGAAGAGCGCGCCCUCCUGCUGGGACGCAUGGGGAAGCAUGAGCAAGCUCUCUUCAUCUACGUGCACAUCCUGAAGGACACACGGAUGGCCGAGGAGUACUGCCACAAACACUACGACCAAAACAGAGAUGGCAGCAAAGAUGUGUACCUGUCCCUGCUGCGGAUGUACCUGUCCCCCCCCAGCGUUCACUGCCUGGGGCCAAUCAAGCUGGAGCUGCUGGAGCCACAGGCCAAUCUCCAGGCCGCCCUGCAGGUCCUCGAGCUGCACCACAGCAAGCUGGACACCACCAAGGCCAUCAACCUCCUGCCAGCAAACACUCAGAUCAAUGACAUCCGCAUCUUUCUGGAAAAGGUCUUGGAAGAAAAUGCGCAAAAGAAGCGGUUCAAUCAAGUGCUCAAGAACCUUCUCCACGCAGAGUUCCUGCGGGUCCAGGAGGAGCGGAUCUUACACCAGCAGGUGAAGUGCAUCAUCACAGAGGAGAAGGUCUGCAUGGUGUGCAAGAAGAAGAUCGGGAACAGCGCGUUUGCAAGGUACCCCAACGGCGUGGUGGUGCACUACUUCUGUUCCAAAGAAGUGAACCCGGCUGACACCUGAGCGGCCGCAACACAGCUGCGGACAGACAGCUCAGCUCCCGGAGAGGGGAAGGGGCACCCGGCCCCAGGCACAGGGCGCCACCACCAUCAGGCCGUGUCUCCCCAUUUGGACGCCGCUGGCCACCUUGGGCCCCGGAGCACCUCUGACCCCAUCAGACUCAUGACCUGGCAUGGCCAGCUUCUUCCUAGAAGAGGAGAGACUCAUUUCACCUCGUACACCACGCUGUGGCUGGCGUUUCCAGAGAGCCUGCUCGCUCGGACAGGAGCACGGAGACAGACACCGUCUUGCCUUGGCAUAGUGAUCACCAGAGCAGGGACACUCACGUGUGUGAUCCCCAGGUGGUUAUUCAGAGUUUUCUAUCAAGGGAACUGCAGGGCGUCACAAGGACCCUUAGCGCAGUGCCAGCGUGAUUCAGGCCAAACAGUUUGUCCUGAUGCUCAUUUCCCCACCGCAGUUGGACC